CCAUAUUAUUACCCAUUAUUUUGUUAGUUUCGUUUGAAAUUGUACCGCCCGGAAAAGUGGAAGCACGGAUAAACUGUUUUUCCAAAUAACACAAAGAACUCAAUCUCCUUAUUAAAGGCUUCCGUAUAUUUAAUUAUAAGUAGUUACAUUGCAGUUUAUAAUAAUCCUCCCCAAGAAAUUAAUCAAAAACAUGUUUAAUCCUCCAUUAAUCCUUUCCCUUCUCAUCAUCUCCUUCACUUCUUCUUGGGCAGAUGCAAGCAUUCAACUCCUACUUGUGAACAACUGCAAGCAGAUCUUAUGGCCCGGAAUCCUCGGGAACGCCGGGCACGAAACCCCUGAGAACGGCGGAUUCCGCCUCCCCUCCGGCCAUCGGGCGGCCCUCAACCUGCCCGAGAGGUGGUCGGGCAGAAUAUGGGCAAGGCAGGGCUGCCCCUUCGACGACGACGGAGGAGGCAGGGGGCCAUGCCAGACCGGCGACUGCGCCGGCCUCCUCCGCUGCGCCGGCACUAGCGGGGCCCCGCCGGCCACGCUAGUGGAGAUGACAAUGGGGACCGCAAUGAACGACGACCACUACUACGACGUCAGCUUAGUGGACGGGUUCAACGUGCCGGUCUCGGUGGUCCCCACGAGCCACAGCACCGGAGACUGCGGCCCGGCGGCAUGCGUGCGGGAUUUGAACGCGUUGUGUCCCAAGAAUCUGGCGGUUACGUUGCACGAGAGGGUGGUGGGGUGCAAGAGCGCGUGUUUGGCUACUAAGAAUCCCAAGUAUUGUUGCACCGGAGAAUUUUCCGACAAAAACGUAUGUAAACCAUCGAUAUUUUCGGAGAUGUUCAAAAAUGUUUGCCCUCACGCUUAUAGCUACGCUUACGAUGAAUCCGCGGGGCUGAAGAGUUGUAAGGCCCCGCGGUAUGUCAUCACUUUCUGCCCCUAGAAUUGAAGGGUAUAUAUUAUGUCCAGCCACCUAAAAAAUGCUAACCAUGCCAUAACUGAACUUGUUUUGGGAGAAUUUCGUUUGGUUGAUUACCCCCUCUUGAAUAAGAAUCUCUUGAGUGCUUUCAAAUUCAAUGGUAAAAAAAAAUGUCUUGUCAACAAUAAGUUCACAAAUUAGAAGUCACUAAUUCUUACAAAGAUAUCCAUGUUCUUGGCAACUAUGGUUUAUAUGCAAACUAGACUUGGUGUACACCAAAUUUUUUUAACCCAUAAUUUUGGAACAGUACAGAAUAACUUUGAAAAUACUAAAACUAGACACUGAAU